UCAAAUGUUAUUUCCAGAUGUAUGUUUGUAUAAGAGUUGGGUGUUAGGUUCUCCGGUAGUGUAAUACUUAAUAUUGAGGCUUAUGUGUUUCAAACCUCUUUUGUAGCAAAAACGUAGCCAACUCGUGUGUUAUAGUAGGCCUAUUAUCCAAUAUCAACGAAAAUGGCGGAUUAUUGCUCCCCAAGCUCAGUAGACGAGUCCACGAGCUCUUCUUCAGACAAACAAUGUCAAAGUUUGGACACACGUGUAUUUUCAAAGAAUGCUUGUUGUGGUACCACUACAAGGCUCACCAAUCAAAAUGGUGUAGUGCAGCCUCUUCUGACGGACUUGUAUCAAAUAACCAUGGCAUAUGCAUAUUGGAAAAAUGGCAUGUGCUCUAAUUAUGCAGUGUUUGAUUUAUUUUUCCGAAAGAACCCAUUCCAUGGUGAAUAUACAGUUUUUGCAGGCCUUGAUGAGUGUUUAAAGUUUCUACAAAGUUUUAAUUAUAGUCAUAGUGAUAUAGAAUACCUGAAGUCAGCAUUGCCUCCAACAGUUGAACAUGAUUUUUUCACCUACCUGCACCAACUUUCUCCAAAAGAUGUCACUGUCUAUGCCAUACCAGAAGGGUCAGUUGUAUUUCCUAAAAUUCCCUUACUUAGGGUAGAAGGACCUUUGCCUGUUGUCCAGCUUUUGGAAACAACAUUUCUUACCUUGGUGAAUUAUGCAAGCCUUGUAGCUACAAAUGCAGCCAGGUUUAGGAUAGCUGCUGGGCAACAUAUCAAGCUGCUAGAGUAUGGAUUACGUCGGGCUCAAGGACCAGAUGGUGGGCUAUCUGCAUCUAAGUAUGCCUAUAUGGGAGGAUUUGAUGGAACUAGUAACGUUUUGGCAGGUAAACUUUUCAAUAUACCAGUUAAAGGUACUCAUGCCCAUGCAUUUGUCAUGUCCUUCUCUUCAACUGAAGAUUGUAACUUGAAGACAUUGACUCAUCGUACAACAGGGGAAGUAAAGGACUUAAUGGCCAUCUGCCAGAAGUGGCUGUCAGAACUUUCUGGAUUUCUUCACAUUCUUAGUGAUGAAGCUAGCAGUGGGGAGUUAGCUGCUUUUGUUUCAUAUGCUGCUGCUUUUCCAGACAGUUUCAUAGCAUUAAUCGAUACUUAUGACGUGAUAAAGAGUGGCUUGCUAAAUUUUUGUGCUGUUGCCCUUGCCUUGGAUGAACUAGGGUACCGCGCACUUGGUAUACGUAUUGACAGUGGUGAUCUUGCAUACCUCUCCAUUAUUGCCAAAGAAACAUUUAACAAAAUAGCUCAAAGGUAUGAAUAUCCAUGGUUUAGUUCUUUGGCUGUAGUUGCCAGCAAUGAUAUCAACGAAGAAACUAUUCUCUCUCUGAAUGAACAGGGUCAUAAGAUUGACUGUUUUGGUAUUGGAACCCAUCUGGUAACCUGCCAGAAACAGCCAGCUUUAGGCUGUGUUUACAAGUUAGUUCAGGUAAACAAGCGGCCUUGCAUCAAACUUAGUCUGGAUGUAGAAAAAGUUACAAUUCCAGGGAAAAAGAAUGCUUUCCGACUUUAUGGUCAAGAUGGGCGUGCUUUAAUUGACUUACUACAAAAAGUUGAAGAACCUGCACCAGAUCCAGGAAAACGAGUUUUGUGUCGCCAUCCAUUCCAGGAAUCAAAACGAGCUUAUGUUCUUCCUAGUAAGGUGGAACCUUUGUAUAAAAUUUACUGGGAUAAAGGAAAGAUUUGUGAACCUUUACCAACACUUCAAGAGGUACGUGAACAUGUACGCCAGUCACUCUUCCAUCUUCGCCAGGAUAUUAAGCGCAGCUUGAAUCCCACACCUUACAAGGUCUCCGUUUCUGAUGACCUCUACCACUUCAUGCACAAUUUAUGGCUAGAGAAUGCUCCUAUUGGAGAACUUUCGUAGAUGACUAGAUCAAGAGUAAAUGUGUUGCACUAGUACUUACUGAACAAUAAGCACAGUUGUAUUAUAGAUUAUUUACUGUAGAUUAUAACUGGAAAAAAUAAUUCUAUAUGUUCUAUAUGUUUCAUCUUAUAUCUAACUGUAGUUUGUUGUUCUGUAUUUUAAAUGUUUAUUGAAGUUAAAUAUGCUUUCUUGUAAAUUAUAUUGCAAAUACAAAUAUUUUUGUUCUAUUUUAGAUUUCAUAAUAUAAUACGUAAAAGUUUAGAUGAGAAAUGGGAAAGUUUUUAAGUCUCUUGAUGUGUUGUGGAGACUGAAGUGAAAUUCAAUAUUACCAUGGAUUGUGAAACUAUUUAUAUUAAGUCUCGUUUUAAUAUAGCUGUUGUUUUAAGAGCUUAGCAUUCCCUUCUGUCAUGCAUUGUUUGUUUGUUUUUUGUGGUUAAGUACUUACAACUUCUUUGAGGAAAAAAAUUAAUAAAUUUAUGCUGCAUAACAAUAAGCACACAUAUUCUUUCCAUGUAUUAUGUAACAGUCAGUUUGUGAAUGUAACAACAAGUAUUAGUUUGCACUUAUAUUAAUUUCCUACGGUGGUGAACUGAAUGUUAGGGUAAUAGAAGAGUACAAGUAGUAGUUUCAUGUACGUUGUUUUUUUGUUUUUUUCUUUACUGUGGGUUAAGCAGCAGGUUAGCUCAUACUAGAGGCAAUUAGAUAGUAGUUGCAUAUACACUAGUUUCCUCUGCUGAUAUGCUGAUUGUUAAAAGUGGUUUUGUACUGGUAACAAUUCACUGUUUUUCUAUUGCUGAUUGACUGAAUCACAGGAUAAUUUUUAGUUAGAGAAUCACAGGCUAUAAUUACCCAUGCACUGUUUUUCUUGUUAUCAUGGUUUGAAAGGGCAGAUGAAUUUGUGCUAAGGGAUAUAAGUAAUAUUUACAUGUAUGUUGUUUUCUUCUAUUGAUUGGCUGAUGGGUAGAUUGGUUCAUAUGCGUUAAGAAUAGUACACAUACUACAUAAAAAAUAAACAUUGACACUUAAAAGCUUGUAUAGGGUUUGUAAUGGCACACUUUAUGAGAUUUCUUAGUUAAACCUACUAUAAAUUCUAUUAAUAAUAUGUGAAAUAUAUAUAAUUACAUGAAGAGCUUGAUAUACCAGUCUGGUGAUUGCAGUUGGUGAUCAUAAUAAUUGUGCCUAAUUAUAUCAGGUUAUCAUGUAUGUCAAAAGAAUAAUUAUUUGUAGUCUACAGUUUUGUUAUCAUUAUAUUGAUAUUUAAACUUACAAGAUUGUGUUUAAUGAAUCCUUUCUACAAAGCAAGAAGUCAUCUGAAUAAAGUUUUUCACAAAAAAUA